CGUUGUUUGACCUUUAGCAAUCUUUUUUUUUUCCUAAUUUUGUUGACCAGCAUCAGGACCACGUGUUCAAACUUUCAAGGUAAGAUCCUGUACUGUAAGACUUAUGAUUGGCGGAAGAAUCUGUUCACUGUAAGUUGUGUAUGUCUGAAACCACAUCUGCUGCAACUAAAGCAAAAGUGAAUUUUUUUUAGACUGAUUCCAUAGCAGGUUAUCUCUUGAAUUCAUUUGUCAGUUUCCCAUAAGCCCAAGUUUCAGCUCGUACUUUUCUUUCUAUAUCAGAAUUACAUUUUAAGAGUUAUUGCAAUGGAGCUUCUCUCUGUGUAGCACAGUUCUGGGAUUGAUUGAGAGUUAAAUUUUGAUAUUAGAAUGGCUUCAAGUGACAAUGAGAAUCAGAAAGAGCAAAUUGAGGAAUCCAAUGUCACUAGAACAAAGGGACAAAUUCCUCUUCACAUUUCAUCAUCACAAAGGAUGCUUCUAAACGGUGAAAACCCUCAAAGAAGGUCACCUAGAAGCUUUAUGUCUCCUCCAAGUAGAAAAAAGUUUCUCAAUUUUGGUUCUGCAUCUGCCAAAUUCAAGCGCUUAGCUGAAGAAAGAGACGAGGUUUCUCGGUUGGUGGCUUCUUCAAGUGGUCAUCGUUUACGAGAACACCUGACUGGGGUUUUUGCAAAAAAGAUUGAUUGGGUUUCCCUCAAGAAAAUGUGUAAGGAAUGGUUUAGGGACCCAAUGAAUAUGGCCCUUUUUGUAUGGAUCAUGUGUGUUGCUAUCUCUGGUGCUAUUCUGUUCCUCGUAAUGACUGGAAUGUUGAAUGAAGCGCUUCCUAAGAAGUCCCAAAGAAAUGGCUGGUUUGAAGUCAACAAUCAAAUUCUCAAUGCUCUGUUUACUCUUAUGUGUCUGUACCAACACCCUAAGCGAUUUUACCACCUUGUACUUCUUUUUAGAUGGAGACUGGAAGACGUUUCCCGACUCAGAAAGAUAUACUGUAAGAAUGGGACCUAUAAGCCUCAUGAGUGGGCACACAUGAUGGUGGUUGUUGUGCUACUUCAUAUCAACUGUUUUGCUCAGUAUGCCCUUUGUGGUCUGAAUUUGGGAUACAGGAGAUCUGAGCGACCUGCCAUCGGAGUUGGGAUAUGUGUAUCAAUUGCAAUAGCUGCACCAGCAAUGGCUGGUGUUUACACCAUUGUUAGCCCUCUUGGGAGGGAUUAUGAUUCUGAAAUAGAUGAGGAAGCAUUGAGGCCAACCGACACUGGUGAAAGUAAGAGGCCAGAGCAAUUGAGACGAAAAUCAUUAGAGAAGAGAUAUUCAUUUGCAUCCGGAGAUGAGAAGAGAGUUGUUGAAAGCAGACCACUCUGGAGUGGUGGGAUGCUUGACUUUUGGGAUGAUAUUUCUCUAGCAUAUCUUUCUCUUUUUUGUAGCUUUUGUGUCUUUGGGUGGAACAUGGAGAGACUUGGGUUUGGAAACAUGUAUGUACAUAUUGCAACUUUUCUCCUGUUUUGUAUGGCUCCCUUCUGGAUUUUCAACUUGGCUGCUUUGAAUAUUGAUAAUGAGACUGCCAGAGAGGCUCUUGGUGUUACCGGAAUUGUUCUCUGUGGGUUUGGUUUACUAUAUGGUGGCUUCUGGAGGAUUCAAAUGAGAAAGAGGUUCAAUUUGCCAACUUAUAACUUCUGUUGUGGUCAACCAGAAGUCAGUGAUUGCACUCUGUGGCUGUGCUGUUGCUGGUGUUCUCUUGCUCAGGAGGCACGCACAGGGAAUUCUUAUGAUAUUAUAGAAGAUAAGUUCUUAAGAAAGCAAAUGGAAAGUGGUAACCAGCUGCCAAUAACACCUUUACCUCGUGAAGAUGGGAUCGUCCAAUCUGGUUCUGGUCCUAGUUCUUCACCAGGGUACAAUUCUAGCCCAUCCACGAGAUUAACAGCCAAUUCUUCAAGUACUAGAAUAGUUUCAAAGGAAUAUUAUAGUCCAGACCGGCAGCUUUCUAUGGUGAAAGAAGAGUCAUCUUUACGAGGUAAAGAUGAAACUAUGAUUCCACCUGCUCCACCAUUGAUACAGAGAGAAGAAACAUAAAUUGGCGAAAAUUUUCUAUCAUUGUCAUUGUCUCAUGACUUGAUGUUCGUUUGCACAGAUGUUUGUGAGAGCUUUGAAAUGCAUUAUAUAAUUUCAUAUUUUCUCACACUUUAAAACGUUUCUUUUCCCUUUUGGUUGAACAUAUGUAAAUUUACAUUAGGGAUUGUUACACUGUUAUUCUGAGAUUCUCUUUCUUAGCAGUUAGCAGCAUUAGUUUUCAAAUGACCUUGCAAUUUUGUUUAUAAUUGAUAUUGCAACUUAAUGUCUAUCCUGAGAAUUAGUUUUAUGAAGCAAUCUAGCUUAAGAAUUCCUUGUGCAUGCUUCGUUAGCACAAGUGCAUAAUCAUUAUUUAGAUAUUAU